AUGUCAUCAAUUCCACCGAAUUCACCAACAACGAAUUCCGUAUCGGCUUCGUCGUCCGAUCGAACGUCAUCACCGCCUUCAUUGUCAUUAUCAUUAUCAACCGAGUUAUUCAACCGUUUACAAGCAUUUCAAGUCUAUCUGGAAAUGUCUGGUUCAAUCGAUACAUUAACCGAUUGUGUCGCCGAAUUGAAUGUUUCACAUUCGACAUCGUAUUUGUCGCCACUCGAGCAUUUCAAAGCGAUUCUUUGUUCAAAACUUCCGCAAACGAUUGAAGUAGAUUGUUUACAACAAGAGAUCGAUGAACUCAAUUUGAAGAUUGCUCAACUCCGUCAAGAUCAAAGCUAA